UCAUAUAUUUAAUUUUGCCACCGAUGCUGACAAGUUAGAUAAAUGAAUUGCAUUGAACUGAAUAAUGUUGUGCUUUGCCUUUGCAGGCCAACUUCAUGCAAAUUGACGGCACAUUAAAUAAAUUGGCCACAUUGCGAGAGUAUAUCGAUGACACAGAAGAUUACAUAAACAUACAGCUUGACAAUCACCGAAAUCAACUGAUUCAGCUAGAGCUCUUCAUUAGUGCCGGGACUGUUUGUAUGUCCUUAUAUUCAUUGGUGGCUGCAAUAUUUGGCAUGAACAUACCCUAUGCAUGGAAAACAGGCCAUGAACACAUGUUUAAAUGGGUGGUGAUCUUCGGUGGAAUGGUUUGUGGAUCCUUGUUUAUAUCCAUAGUAUCUUAUGCACGACGCAAAGGCCUUGUUGGGUCUUGAAAAGCAUAAAGAAGCAUGUCGUGAGACAUCGGAUUAAGUCAAAAAUAUACAGCAAGUGAGCAAUUCCAAACAAUAAUUUAUUUGUUGUAUAUGUUAUGCGCACAAUAGCAUUGUUUAUCUUGUGAUUAAUUAGCUACCCUACGCAAUUCGAAUAAAGUGGCUGUUGGAAAAUCACAUGCAAUGAAUAAAUAUUUUUUUAAUAGUCA